GGAGCCAUUGUAUAGCGGAAGCAGCGGUGCGCCUGAGUUCCGUUGUAGAGUGAACUCACAAAAUGGCGAAGAUUGCCAAAACACACGAAGAUAUUGAAGCGCAGAUCCUUGAAAUUCAAGGCAAGAAGGCAGCACUUGAUGAGGCGCAAGGAGUUGGUCUUGAUUCAACUGGAUACUUCGACCAAGAAAUUUAUGGUGGCAGUGACAGCAGGUUUACUGGAUAUGUGACUUCUAUUGCUGCAAAUGAACAGGAAGAUGAUGAUGAUGACUGUUCAGCAGCAACAUUUGAACAGAAAAAACCAGGGUAUCAUGCUCCGGUUGCAUUGCUUAAUGAUAUCCCACAAUCCACUGAACAGUAUGAUCCGUUCGCAGAACAUCGACCACAGAAAAUCGCUGACAGGGAAGAUGAAUAUAAAAAGCACAGACGGAUGAUGAUCAUUUCCCCUGAGCGACUGGAUCCUUUUGCAGAUGGAGGCAAGACCCCAGAUCCAAAAAUGAAUGCUAGAACGUAUAAGGAUGUUAUGAGAGAACAACAUUUGACAAAAGAGGAGCGCGAAAUCCGCCAACAACUAGCAGAAAAGGCUAAAUCUGGUGAUCUGAAAGUGGUCAAUGGAUCGUCUGCAUCUGCUGCAUCACAACCAUCAUCAAAACGCAAGAGACGAUGGGAUCAAACGGCUGACCAAACACCCGGUUCCACCCCAAAGAAAAUGUCGAGCUGGGAUCAAGCGGAGGUCACUCCUGGACAUACACCUUCGCUAAGAUGGGAUGAAACUCCUGGUCGCUCAAAAGGAAGUGAAACUCCUGGAGCCACGCCAGGGUCAAAAAUUUGGGAUCCUACUCCUAGCCAUACACCAGCAGGUGCUGCAACCCCAGGCCGUGAUACUCCAGGCCAUGCAACUCCUGGACAUGGAGGUGCAACCUCAAGUGUGCGCAAAAACAGAUGGGAUGAGACUCCUAAAACAGAGCGUGAUACUCCUGGACAUGGAAGUGGGUGGGCUGAGACUCCUCGCACAGACCGUGGUGGUGACUCAGUUGGUGAAACUCCAACACCAGGUGCAAGUAAAAGGAAAUCUCGUUGGGAUGAGACUCCAGCCAGUCAAAUGGGUGGUAGCACUCCUGUCUUGACGCCAGGGAAAACACCAAUUGGUACACCAGCUAUGAAUAUGGCAACACCUACACCAGGACACAUAAUGAGUAUGACACCUGAACAGCUUCAAGCUUGGAGAUGGGAGCGAGAGAUUGACGAAAGAAACCGUCCAUUGUCUGAUGAAGAAUUGGAUGCUAUGUUUCCUGAAGGUUACAAGGUUCUUCCUCCUCCUGCUGGUUAUGUCCCCAUACGUACUCCUGCAAGGAAACUUACUGCAACACCAACUCCUUUGGGUGGCUUGACUGGAUUCCAUAUGCCUACUGAAGAUAGAUCCAUGAAAAGUGUCAAUGAUCAACCGUCUGGAAAUCUACCUUUCCUUAAACCAGAUGAUAUUCAGUACUUUGAUAAGCUGCUGGUUGAUGUUGAUGAAUCCACACUAAGUCCAGAGGAACAGAAAGAAAGAAAAAUAAUGAAGUUACUCUUAAAAAUAAAAAACGGUACACCUCCAAUGAGAAAGGCAGCCCUGCGUCAAAUUACAGAUAAGGCCCGUGAGUUUGGAGCCGGUCCACUCUUCAAUCAGAUUUUGCCUUUACUGAUGUCACCAACUUUAGAAGAUCAGGAACGUCACUUGCUUGUUAAAGUUAUUGACAGAAUCUUGUAUAAACUGGAUGAUCUGGUCCGACCAUAUGUACACAAGAUUCUUGUGGUUAUUGAGCCUCUGUUAAUUGAUGAAGAUUACUAUGCCAGAGUUGAAGGCAGAGAAAUUAUAUCCAACUUGGCCAAGGCUGCUGGUUUGGCUACUAUGAUUUCUACUAUGAGACCUGAUAUUGAUAACAUGGAUGAAUACGUCCGUAAUACAACAGCCCGAGCAUUUGCUGUAGUAGCAUCGGCUUUGGGCAUUCCAUCUUUGCUACCUUUCCUGAAAGCCGUAUGUAAGAGCAAAAAGUCAUGGCAGGCUCGUCACACUGGAAUAAAGAUUGUGCAGCAAAUUGCUAUUCUUAUGGGAUGUGCUAUCUUACCCCAUCUAAGAAGCUUGGUGGAAAUUAUUGAACAUGGUCUUGUUGAUGAGCAGCAGAAAGUGCGAACCAUUAGUGCUUUGGCUAUUGCUGCCCUAGCCGAGGCUGCAACUCCUUAUGGUAUUGAGUCAUUUGACUCUGUGCUGAAGCCUUUGUGGAAAGGUAUUCGUCAACACAGAGGAAAGGGUCUGGCUGCAUUCUUAAAGGCUAUUGGUUACCUUAUCCCUCUUAUGGAUGCCGAGUAUGCAAACUACUAUACUAGAGAAGUGAUGUUGAUUUUAAUCAGAGAGUUUCAGUCUCCUGAUGAAGAAAUGAAGAAAAUUGUCUUAAAGGUAGUCAAGCAGUGCUGUGGUACAGAUGGUGUGGAAGCAAAUUAUAUUAAGACAGAAAUUCUUCCACCUUUUUUCAAACACUUUUGGCAACACAGAAUGGCUCUUGACAGAAGGAAUUACAGACAGUUGGUGGACACCACAGUGGAGCUGGCUAAUAAAGUAGGAGCUGCGGAAAUCAUUUCUAGAAUUGUUGACGACUUAAAGGAUGAGGCUGAACAGUACCGUAAAAUGGUCAUGGAAACGAUUGAGAAAAUCAUGGGGAAUCUUGGCGCUGCAGAUAUUGACCAUAAGCUUGAAGAACAGCUUAUUGAUGGUAUCCUCUACGCUUUCCAGGAACAAACAACUGAGGACUCUGUAAUGUUAAAUGGUUUUGGCACAGUUGUAAAUGCUCUUGGCAAGAGAGUUAAACCAUAUUUACCACAGAUCUGUGGUACAGUCUUAUGGCGUUUGAACAACAAAUCGGCAAAAGUGAGACAGCAGGCUGCUGACCUCAUAUCCCGCACUGCAGUUGUGAUGAAGACCUGCCAAGAGGAAAAAUUAAUGGGUCACUUGGGUGUUGUCUUGUAUGAAUACCUUGGAGAGGAAUACCCUGAAGUACUUGGAAGCAUUUUAGGGGCGCUAAAAGCGAUUGUCAAUGUGAUAGGUAUGCAUAAAAUGACACCACCGAUUAAGGAUCUGUUACCAAGACUUACACCUAUCUUGAAAAACAGACAUGAGAAAGUACAGGAGAACUGUAUUGACCUUGUUGGACGUAUUGCUGAUAGGGGGGCAGAAUACGUGUCUGCAAGAGAGUGGAUGAGGAUUUGUUUUGAGUUACUUGAGCUCCUGAAAGCUCAUAAGAAGGCAAUCAGAAGAGCCACUGUAAAUACAUUUGGCUACAUUGCAAAGGCUAUUGGGCCACAUGAUGUGCUUGCCACGCUACUGAAUAACCUUAAAGUACAAGAAAGACAAAACAGAGUGUGCACUACAGUAGCUAUUGCUAUUGUUGCUGAAACCUGUUCACCAUUUACAGUUUUACCAGCUCUGAUGAAUGAAUACAGGGUGCCAGAACUCAAUGUUCAGAAUGGUGUAUUAAAAUCCCUGUCUUUCCUUUUUGAGUACAUUGGAGAAAUGGGAAAAGAUUAUAUCUAUGCUGUAACACCGCUACUUGAAGAUGCGUUAAUGGACAGAGACCUUGUGCACAGACAGACUGCCAGUGCAGUUGUUCAGCAUAUGUCCCUUGGAGUUUAUGGAUUUGGAUGUGAAGACUCCUUGAAUCACUUAUUAAACUAUGUAUGGCCUAAUGUGUUUGAAACUUCCCCCCAUGUAAUCCAAGCGGUUAUGGGGGCUCUUGAGGGAUUGAGAGUUGCAAUUGGACCAUGCCGAAUGUUGCAGUACUGCUUGCAGGGCCUUUUCCAUCCUGCCAGAAAAGUCAGAGAUGUUUAUUGGAAGAUCUACAAUUCAAUAUACAUUGGUUCACAAGAUGCUCUCAUAGCACAUUAUCCUCGUGUCUACAAUGAUGAGAAGAACACCUAUAUUCGUUAUGAACUUGACUACAUCUUAUAAACUUGUGGUUUCUUAGCCCCACCCAUACAUGUUCUGCAUUCGCUUUAAUUUGAUGUAAAGCUAAAAUUAUUGCUGAUUAGCACUGUCUCCUAGACCAAUGUCAUGCAGCAUGAUUUUUUUUUAUUAUAGAAAUAACCUGUUUUGAUGUAAAUUGUAACACUAGUGACCAUGUAACUUGUGGUAUCAUCAUUUCCUGAACUGGUCACGUUUUUGAUCGACCUUAGUCAUCAUUCCUAGUGUUGAAAUGGGAUGUGAAUUUGGGAAAUAAACUUUUUUUAUGUAUAAAAUA